AUGGUCUAUCCCAUCAACUACCGUCGCCCUGCGCACGUGUCUCGCGCUGAAUCGUCGCGCGGCUCGCUCUCUGGCACCGACAAGCAGAAGUCCAUCGAGGAGUCUGUCAAGUCUGGCUCCAGUGGCAUGUCCCACGGCAUCCCCGAGGCCCUCUCCUUUGACCGCAUCAUCUCUGGUGGCACCUGCCCUCCAUGCACCACACGUGACUUCAUGAACUACCUCAAGUACAUUGAGCUCUCAGCCGAGAACCUGCAAUUCUUCCUCUGGUUCCGUAGCUACGCAAAGCGCUUCAAUGAGCUGCCUGGGAACGAGAAGGCUCUGUCGCCGGAGUGGUUCGAGGACAGUGAGACCGAAGCCCCGGCCCGACCCAAGCAACUCAGCCCGGAGACGGCUGCAGUGUUCAAAGGGACAGACUUUGCCACCGACUUCAGGGCGACCGAAGCCGAGAAGAGCAACCCGUUCUUCACUCCGCCGCGUACUCCGAAUAGCGACCUGAGGCGCGAGGGCGGCGAGUCACUUGAUUCCUACGAUGCCAGUCUGGCGUCUGGGGCCAAGACUGACCACGCUCAACGUGCGACAGGUGCGUUUGAGAGCGCAGGCCUCAAAUGGAAACCUCUCUCUGUCCAACCAUAUCGUGAAGAGAUCACUCGCAUCAUUUCCAUCUAUGUUGCAGAUGGAGGCAAUCGUCAGCUAAAUCUGUCAUCCAAGGAGCGCACCGCUCUGCUCCAUGCUCUUCAGAAUACAACUCAUCCGUCCGCUUUCCGCGAUGUCAUCGCUACAGUCGAGUGGUCGCUCCGAUGCCAGGCUCAUCCCAACUUCAUCCGGUGGACCAUCUGCAACGGCAACCGUCCCCGCGUCAUCUUCGCACGCGGUCUUGGUGUUGGCGGUAUCGUUGGAGGUUUCAUUGCCGCUCUGCUCAUCACCCUAAGCAGCGCUGGCCGUGCCUGGCGUGUCCUAUCUCUCAUCGGCUUCAUGAUCGGCAUAUCGACAUUGAUCGCGGCUUGGAAGGGAAUGUGCGUCGUCCUCCACGGUAUGCACCAUCGCCACCUCCGUCCGUGGGAACUGUUCGCCUCCGACGACGAGCCUGCUGCCAGCAUCGACCUGAAGGGCGACUCGUUCGACAGUAUCAUAUCCCACGCAUCCAGCAACAGCUACGAGGACGAGCCAUGGGUUGCCAGGUAUGAGAAGCGCAAUGUCGUCCGCAAGAUCUUUGACCGAGAGGUCUGGAUCCAGGAGCCUGCCCUGCGCCAGAUUCAGGACACCAUCUUCCUACAAGCGAUCCUCGGCGCAACAGUCCUCUCCUUCAUCAUUGUCGGAAUUUUCUGUGCCGUACCGCACGGCAACUUCUAUUAG